CUCGACCGACGCCCAUUGCCCGCACGUUGUCGAGCACGAGGGAGCGCGACAUUGGCGCAGUGUCGACAGUGUGUCAAGCGACGACGAAGGCCAAACGCCCUUCUUCAGAUGCAUUUACGGCAACUUUUGCUGGCAAUAUGCUUCUGUGUGGGAUCGGUCUUCGCUGAUACUAAUUCUACCUCCGAUGACGGUAGCUACCCAUACGACCCGAUCCUAAAGUAUAGACCGCCCUUUGCCCGCUCUCUUCCCAUCCAAAUCCUCCUCACCGGCGUCGUCCUCACCCUCGUCGGCGUCCUGCUCAUUCAGCUCAUAUUCACGGCGCAGUACCACUGGCCCCUCGCACCCGUCAACUAUGUCCUCCAGAUCUCUGGCGUCCUCACCCUGCUCAUUUCACUCAUAGCGACACUCCAUCAGAUUCUUUCCGCCACGAUAGAUGAGAGCAGGGGAUGGCCCUAUAUGCUAUCAUAUCUUGCGGUGGACGUCCCGCCUUUGAACAAUGCGAAUACUACAAAUCUAGGCGAGAAGCGUUGGGCGACAAGUGAAGUGGCGGCAUGGCUGAUGAUGAAUGCGACGAGUUCUGCGUUGAUCCAGAUUACGCACAUCCAAUUCUUGACCCUCCUAUUCCCUUCCUCCAUCGAAAAAAUUUUGAUUUUUCUACUUCUUGGUCCUCUCGCCGUAGCCCACGCCGUCAUGCAGCUGGUGCCCAUCCACGCGAACGAAAACAUCGUCCGUUUGGCCGAUACCAUCUCCAACGUCUGCAAUGCAACGCUAUCGCUUCUCUUCACCGCCUCGCUCUUCAUCUGGGGCUUUCUCGUGAACCGCAAGAAGGCCUGGCGCACCGAUGGCGGCACCGCGGCCUUUGGCGCAGGGGCAAUCGCGUUGGCGGUAGCCUCCACGACGCUGACCUUCACUUAUAUCCCAAGCAAGGAUCAGUACGAAUGGUUCCCGGGCCUCGUGUGGGCGGUAGUGCUGUGGCAAAGCUUCCUAGGCUGGUGGUGGUGGGUAGGCGCGGGGAUGGGCGUCGGCGAGGUCGAGGAGCUGCUCCGGCGCGAGGAGAAGCGCGCACAGAAGCGGCGGAUGCGCAUCGAGAAGCGGCGGGAGCAGAAGGAGAAGGCGGGCAGGAUCUGGCGCGGGGUGACGGGCGCGUUCGUCGUGAAGAAGGGCGAGGAGCAGGCGGGCCCCGGCC